UUCACCACUCGGCCAUGUUUUGUAAACAAAUCCACGAGGAUAAAAUGUUAAUUGCGGAUUCUGUGGCUGUAAAAGUGAAUAAUUCCCAGGAGGUUUUUAUCGGUGUGGGAAAUCAUCUUAAGUACGUGAAAUUUGAAAAUGGUGAGAGGAAUGUUCAGUGGUUUGACACUCAAUUCCGAGGGAAGAUCCUCGGGAUUGAGAUUGUGAGGGAUACUCUGGGCUGUUUUGUCCUUGUUCAUGGUGGGAGGUACCUUGCUGUCUUUGAAUUGGUGGAAGGAAGUCUGCAAAGGCUUUCCGGAUGCCAAUUUUCAGACCUAAUCAGUAGUGUUCACUGUGAAAAUGACUUGAGUAAUAUUUGUGUGAUUACUGGCCACAAUAUCGCUCUUCUGGUCAACUUUCGAGAAUCUCUGGAAGUGACUAAGAAGGCUAAGUGCGAGGAUAAUUCCACACUGUACUGUUCUCAUGUAGAAGGGGCCAAAUGGGAGGAUUUUGUUGUGUAUUCGGGAACAGCUCUUGGGGAUGUCAUUCUCUGGAAACCAUCCGAUAUUCAGGCUGGAAUCCUUCAUAGAUUCACAGCUCACAAGGGGGUUGUUUUCUCAAUAGAAACAGAUAAAAAUCUCCUGGUAACAACUUCCGAUGACAGAUCUGCCAGGAUCUGGAGGAAGGAUAAACUAAAUGGUUCGAGUUUGGUGUCUCUAUACGGACACAAAUCUCGAGUCUUCAAGAGCAAAAUAAUCGAAAAGAACGGCCUAAAAUUCAUCCUGACAAUCGGAGAGGAUUCAAAUCUCUGCGUCUGGCACGAAUCCGGUAAGUUUCUCUUCCGGAAAACCCUUUUCAGUGGAGCUGUGAUCUGGAAUUUGGACCACGAUCCAAAUACAGACACAGUCUUCACCUCGGGAAGCGAUGGAAAUGUUAAGAAAAUAAAUUUGAAGGAGAUCCUUGAGAAAGGAAUCACAGAGAUUCCAAGAAAGCCCCUCCUGGACGAAAAAAUCUCAAAAAUUCUCUUCCUGGACUCCGAAACGAUCCUCGUGAUCGCGUCGGAAAUGUUUCUGCUAAAGCAGGAAAUUUCUGGUGAGUGGAAGCCCAGCAAAAAGAUCCCAAUUCCUGAAAUUUAUAUUUCCCUGAUUGAAAAUGUUAAUGGGAACAUCUUAAUUUGUUCAAAUCACGAGGCUAGAAUCCUUCAAAUAUCUUCCGGAAUACCCCAGGAAGAGAUUAGAAAUGCCAAUCUUCUCGAAGGAUUGAUCAGAACCUUCUAUCUAAUCGCUCCCGGAGAAUUUUUCUUCGUGGACGAUCGAGGAAAUUGCGCAAUAACAAAUAAAUCCCUAAAAGUCCUCAAUCAAUUUUCCAUUUCCAUUUGCAAAGAUCUCUGGUACACAAAAUGGAUAACUGUGGCCAGAAAAUUCGGAGAAUUCCUCCUCUUGGGAGAUCGAUCUGGCAAUCUUCAUCUCUGGAGGGUUUUAGCGGGAGAAAUCAUAAAGAAAUGUGAGGUUAGGAGUGUUCAUGGGAAUUUGGGAGUCACCCAGGUGUUUCCGGAAGAAGAUUCCGAAAUAUCUGCAAGGUUUUGGACUUCCGGAAGGGAUGGAAUUCUUAGGAAAUUCCAUUUUGAUAAAUUUCAUGAAAGUUUCAAUGAAAUUUUCACAGAAAAAGUCCCUAUCACCUGGGUUGAGAGGAUUAUCCAGUUGAAAACCGGACAGAAAGUAAUUCUGGGCUUCAAUGAUGAGAAUCUGGUAGCUUGGGAUAGAAAUCAAGGGAUCAUCUUUCAACUCUGCACGGGAGGGGGGCAUAAAUACUGGGAUUUUGCAAUAAAUCCAGCCCAAGAUUGUGCAAGUGUCUUGAGUGUUUGGGACAAGCAACCAUUCCUGGACAAAUUUUCCCUUCCGGAAACUAACUUCCAGGAAAUCCCAUGUCACAACUGGCACUCAAAAUCCUGCAAUUCUGUAGAAAUCCUCAAAGACAAUUCAGGAAAAUUCGGAAAACCCCUUUUAAUAUCCGGAGGAGACGAUAAUGUCCUUAGAAUAAAUUUCUUAGGCAACGAACUAAUCCCAGUGAGUGAAGUUGUACCUCACAUAAGUAACAUUCGAGCUAUCAAGGUCAAAAACCUCCAGGAAAAUAUAUUCCUGGCCAUUUCCGUUGGAGGAAGAGCUCAAAUCUGCCUCACAAAGAUCCUCCUCAACGAUAAACCAGAAGUCCAAGAAUACCUAAACUUUAUGUUGAAAUCUAAGGAUUUCCGGAAAAAUCGACAGAAGAUAGACUUUUGUCCAGAAACAAGAUUCAUGUGCUUGACCAUAGACGAAAUAGAUAUUUUCAUCGGAUGUUCUGAUGGAUACAUCAGAAAAUUCACUCUCCAGAACGAAAAGAUCUCCCUGGUCUCAUCAGUUUUUUACGGAAGAUGUAUCCUAAACAUCCAAAUAAUUGAAUACCUGGACAAUAAAGUCCUUAUAACGAUGGGAACUGAUGGAAAAAUCAUUUUAUGGGACACUAAAAACUUCCUGGAGGAUUCCCUGCCAAUUUACAGCAUUCUUCAUCACGAAAGUGGCAUCAAUUGCUUUGAUAUUUGGGCAGAAGAUGGAAAAUUUACAUUACUAACUGGAGGAGAUGACCAGAAGAUCACUAAAAGUGUUUUUCAUUUUGAAAAUGGAAGAGUUAUUCAAGAUGAAACUCCCAAGACAGCUUUCUUGCAUUUUGCUCAAGUGACAGGGAUUAAGAUUGCAAAUCCAGAUACAUUUUACUCAACAAGCGUGGAUCAGAGGGUAAUAAAAGGAAAUUUACAUAAACUGACUUCAGAAAGUGAGAGAUUUACAUCAGUUUCGGACUUGAAAGGACUUAAUUUACUCAGUGAUCGAGAAGUUCUGGUUUUUGGUGCUGGUGUAGAGUCUAUAGAAUUUUAAAUAAAUAUUUUAUAUCCAAAAAAA